GGUGAAAAGCCUGACGACUUGUCGGCUUGGGACGAGGAGAAGGUGACCAUGUUGGUGGUCAAAUACUUCUGCGCUCAGACAAAGAGGAUCGUGACUCUUGGCUGCUACUACCUGCCCAGUCACGAGACGUUGAUGCGGAUGGUCGCAGACGGCUGGAUGUCUGAAAAGCUCGAGAGCUUGAUUCGCAGCAAGCAGGUACCACCGCCUCCAGAAGAGGCAGAUGUAUGGAGCUGCUGGGAGGAGUUCAGCAAACAUGAUCUCCAGUUGCGGAACACCAGAAGAUCGGUCAAGCUCGAGCAGCUCUUCUCGGGUGAUGCGGUUAUCUGGCAGAAGAUGCGUGCUGAUGACGAGAAAGAGGCCCGCACUCCGCUCGAGGUGCAGAUCGACCCUGACAUCCCACCAACGUAUCCCAUCCUGACUGUUGCAGACCUAGCUGCACAUGAGGCCGAAGAGGCUCGUGGGCAACCUCCAGUCGAGAACGCGCAUCCAGAUCCGCACGUUCUCGCACGGUCGCGACAAAAUAAGCCAUUGACAAUCAAGCCAUAG